AUGGGCGAGACCACAAACGACGCUGUUUACACCGAUGCCGAAAGAAGAUUUAAGGAAUUGGAAGACAUGACCAAGAGACUGAGCGAAGAGUCCAAACGGUACCACAAGGCCGUUAAUGAUAUGCUGGAUAGACAGCUUGGGUUUUCCAAGUCGAUUGAGGAGAUCUUCAAGCCUAUCAGCGGAAAGUUGUCCGAUCCUAAUUCUGCUAUUCCAGAAGGCAAUCCUGAGGGAAUUGAAGCUUGUGUUCAAUACAGAGACGUUGUCCAGGAAUUGAAAGAGACUUUGAAGCCAGAUUUGGAAUUGAUCGAGUCGAGAAUCGUGGGCCCGGCUACGGAGUUGCUUCAGAUCAUUCAGGCUAUCCGGAAGAUGGCCACUAAGAGAAACCACAAGCAAUUGGAUCUCGACAGACACCAGAACUCGCUGAAGAAAGCCCAACAAAGAGCAGAAAAGAAUGAAAAGGCUGAGGAGAAGGUUUACAAGUACGAAAACGAGGUGGCCAUUGCGCAACAAGAGUUUGACUACUAUAAUGAAAUGCUCAAGACGGAACUCCCAAUUCUGUUCCAUUUGGAAGGUGAAUUUAUCAAGCCUUUGUUUGUCAGUUUGUACUUCAUGCAACUGAACGUCUUCUACACUCUGUCGUCCAGAAUGGAGGAGAUGAAAAUUCCUUAUUUUGAUUUGAACUCGGAUAUUCUGGAAGCCUUCACAAUCAAGAGAGGUGACGUUGAAGAGAGAGCAGAAGCCAUUGGCCUUACACAUUUCAAGAUCGGACACGCCAAGUCCAAGCUGGAGGCAACUAAGAGAAGAUAUGCUACUCAGCAAGAUGUUGGGUCUCCAACCAGUGCAUAUGGCCAGACUUCACCAGCACCGGCAUAUGGCCAGGCGUCCCCGGCACCAGCCUACGGCCAAACAUCUCCAGCGCCAACAUAUGGACAGACUUAUUCAAGUCCAUCCUACGGACAGGCCGCUCCGGCUUACUCUCCGGCUUCUCCAUCUUAUGGUCAAACCCCGCCUGCUACAACCUCGACUAAUGGCUAUCCACAAGACGUGAAGACCCCAUACGGCGCUCCACAACAAACUGCAUCGUAUGGCUACGCGUCCCCAACCUCUUACAAUUCUCCAGCCUCCCCCGGCGUUCCUGUGGCAUCACCAACGGCACAAACAUGUACUGCUUUGUACGAUUACGCAGCACAGGCUCAGGGCGAUCUGAGUUUCUCUGCCGGACAAGUCAUUACUAUUGUUCAGAAAUCCGAUAACCAAAAUGAUUGGUGGACCGGUUCGCUGAAUGGUGUUACUGGUGUUUUCCCAGGAAACUAUGUCCAGCUCAACUGA